AUGCACAAACACAACCCUCUAGGGGUUUUCUGCACGACGCCGGGUUGUAACAAAGGGGACCAUGACCAUGCGCACUGCUAUGGUAAAGGAGGCGGAAUGGAGGGUCAAGCGCCAUGGAUGAGGAACAAGAAGCCGAAAGAGACAACAGCGGUCGCUGCCGUCGUCACUACGCCACCCUUACCUUCGACCACAUCUUCAGCAAUUGCUGCGGCAGCCAUCACAUCCCUCAUGGACGAUAUGUCGUUCGCAUCCAUCACUGACAUCACAGACGAAGUCACGUGCUCUAUCAAUCUUCCCUUCACCACAAUCUUCGAUUCCGGCACAACAGUCACCUUGGUGAAGGAUAGAAGGAACUUCCACACGUACUCAGAUGCAGACACCGUCCCGGUUCACACCGCAAAUCAUGGCAUCCUGCAAACCACAGGACGAGGAACGUGCAUGGCCUGGCUCACCAUAGGUGGUAAACGAGUGCGCGUUCGCCUUUCCAACUGUCUCCACGCACCGGAUGCUCUCCUCAACCUCCUAUCAGUCAGCUGUAUGAAUGCCAAAGGCUGGGACGUUAGCUUCCGGAGCAACAUGACGUGUGAGCUGUCCUACAAGGGUAACUUGCUUGGCGCAUUGCCAGCAACUGGCAAGCUGUAUGCAGCUGAUAUGGUCUUCAUCCCGGCCACGGCUGAGCCAGCAUCAAUGGGGCCUGAACUCACUGCCUUCGGCAUAUCGGCAAAGACGCAGUUUCACGCCUUCAUCGUGUUGCUAAGGGGGUGA